CUAAAACAUCCUUAAUUUCUAAACCUACGCACUCUACAAAAGGUACAUCAAAAGGAGUAAAAGACCAUCUUUCUCCAUUUUUGCCCCAAAAAAAAAGCAAAAAGAAAGAAGAAAAUGGCAGUGAUCAAGAAGAAGAAGACAUCAUUGACAUCUCUGUUCUUGGGGUGUUACAAGGCAAAGAACACAAGCAAAUACGAAGGAGAGGAGAAGCCUGUAAUGAAAAUAAGAACUUGUCCAGCGUUCAAGAGGCUGUCUUUAACAGACAUAAGCGAUCCAAGCUCGCCCAUGUCGGUCAUGGAUGAUCUAUCUCACUCCUUUACAUCUCAGAAGCUUCGUUUGUUCACGUUGUCUGAGCUGAGAAUGAUUACGCAUAAUUUCUCCAGAAGUAACAUGUUAGGCGAAGGAGGGUUUGGGCCGGUUUACAAAGGGUUUAUUGAUGAUAAGGUUAAACCUGGUUUAGAAGCCCAACCGGUUGCUGUUAAGGCUCUUGAUCUUCAUGGCCAUCAAGGCCAUAGAGAAUGGCUGGCGGAGAUACUAUUUUUGGGACAACUAAGUAAUAAACAUCUUGUGAAGCUAAUUGGAUUUUGUUAUGAAGAGGAGCAAAGAGUGCUUGUUUAUGAGUACAUGCCUCGGGGUAGCUUGGAGAACCAGCUCUUUAGAAGAAAUAGCGUAGCUAUGGCAUGGGGAAUAAGAAUGAAGAUAGCCCUCGGAGCCGCCAAAGGUUUAGCUUUUCUCCAUGAAGCAGAGAAACCUGUUAUCUACAGAGACUUCAAAACCUCAAAUAUAUUGUUAGACUCCAACUAUAACGCCAAAUUAUCAGACUUUGGUCUAGCCAAAGAUGGACCUGAAGGCGAACAUACACAUGUAACAACUCGAGUGAUGGGAACACAAGGUUAUGCCGCGCCCGAAUAUAUCAUGACUGGUAAUCUAUCACCCGACUAUAUGGAAUUGAUCAUCUCUUUUACCAUAUAACGGUAUAACCGCCUUUGAGAUAUGUUUUGAU